UAAAUGAUGUCACUUUAUAAAAAGGCUGUCACAGCAAGAAUGUAGGUGGCCCCCCAAAACAGCAGCAGGGAGAUAACGGCGGUAAAACUCACACAUAUCACUACCGCGCUUCAGUGAAAUAGUCCGGUACUUUACUUGGAAAGUCUCCGCUUCUCAUUUCACCAGUUCUCAACAAGGGAAAAGCCUUCCACGGCCACUGUAGGAGUUUAUUCUUGUGCCUCAUGGCUGCGGUUCUUGGAAACAGCACCCGAACUGUGGGAACUUCAGAUUGUGAGCUGAGAAGCCAGUUCAAAAGGAGAAGGAGGAGGUCGACAAGAAAAGAGAGAACAAGUAUGUUGUCAUCUUUCAUCGGCCCCAUGAAGUUUAGAGAUAUUGGGACAACAACAUCAAGAGACCAUGGAGACACUUCAAGUACCAGCAGCGUUGAGGUGAAGGAGAACCGCGACAGCAGAAACCAAGUGGACUAUUCCACCAUACUACAACUUGGACAUCAUCCAUCAUCAGCUCUUUGCACUGACAUCUCCAAAAGAAAGACGACAGUGGACUGUACCAUGGUACCUGCACAUCAUCCAUCAGCUCUUUACACUGACAUCUCCAGAGGGCUCUCCAGGACUACUGCUCUACAGAGGAAGCAGCCAUUGGUAGAAGGAAAAGACAGGCUUCUCUACGAACUCCAAUUGAUCUGUAAGAGGACGGCCCAUUGUCUCACGUCAGAUAGCGCCACGACUCCGUCUGCACGGUGGGUUGGGGGACGAGCGUCGCGUGGGAGUGAUGCCACCUGUCAGAAGACAAUGAUGACUUCCUGGUCUGUCACAAAGAAGAAUGCCCUGGUGCAUUUGAAUGAGCUGAGACCAGGUCUACAGUAUGAGAUAGUGUCUCAGACAGGGCCAGUUCACGCCCCUGUGUUCGCUGUAGGAGUAGAGGUCAACGGUCUCAGGUUCGAGGGCCGAGGCCCCACCAAGAAGAAGGCUAAGAUGAGGGCAGCAGAGCUUGCUCUUAGGUCCUUCAUCCAGUUCCCCAACGCCCAUCAGGCUCACAUCACCAUGGGAAACCUCAACUUCAUCAACACCACAGCAGCAACAGACUUCACCUCAGAUCAGGCCGAUCUCGUCCCCGACACGCUCUUCAAGGAGUUUCAGCCAGAAGCACAGGAAGACCAAAUCUUUAAUCACAGAACAGGGGGAAAGGAGUUGCAGUUCGAGGAACCACCAGCACAAGCACAACUCUACAGAACAGUGAAAAAGGGACAGGAGUUGCUCUCCAGUAUCUGUAACCAUGGGAGACUAGUGCGCCUGACCCUUGACCUGAUGUCCUCAGACAAUCAGAAGAGGCAGAGGAUCGGUUCCGCUAUCGUCGGGGAACUGAGGCCUGUGGCUCUGCUCAAUGAGUUAAUGCCAGGCUUGAGGUACGUCUGCCUGACAGAGAGAAAGAAAGGCAGGCCGAUCAGGAGCUUUGUGAUGGCAGUACGGGUGGAUGGAAGGGUAUUUGAGGGCUGUGGGCGCAGUAAGAGGCUGGCUAAAGCCGAGGCAGCAGCCUCAGCCCUACAGGACCUGUUUAACAUCAGUCUGGGUCCUGAGAGGAGCAUCAGCAAUACUGCCAGCUGGGCCAAAUGUGCACAGCUACCUCAGUGCUUUGCAGAGUAUAUCUUCCACUUGGUGAGAGAGAAACACAGUGAGCUGGCUGACUGUUGCUGCACUACCUCCCAGUCGCACAGACGUCACAAAGUACUGGCAGGCAUCGUAAUGACCAAAGGUUUUGAUCUGAGGCGAGCCCAGGUGGUGUCUUUGGGGACAGGGACCAAGUGUAUCAGUGGAGAGUGUGUCAGUGACCAGGGCUGGGCGGUUAAUGACUGCCAUGCUGAGGUCACCACCAGGAGGGCUUUCCUCCGCUUCCUCUAUGCCCAACUGGAGCUCUUCCUCUGCAACCGGCCAGGCAGUUUGGAGCAGUCGAUUUUUGUGCGAGACAAAGAGUCAGUAUACAGACUGAGAGACGGUAUUCUGUUCCAUAUGUAUGUGAGUUCAUCGCCCUGCGGGGACGCACGCCUCAACUGUCCCUACGAGAUCACAGCUACACACCAGAGCGGGUAUAGAUUUGUGAGGAAGUUGCGCUGCCAUCUGAGGAUGAAGAUGGAAGGCGGUGAGGGUACACUUCCUGUCAGCGUACUGAGAGCCAAUCAGAAAUGGGACAGGGGGUUGCCGAGGGAACCUCCCGUAACCAUGUCCUGCACAGAUAAAAUUGCCAGGUGGAAUAUUCUAGGUCUCCAGGGCUCUCUCCUGUCUCACCUGGUGGAGCCGGUGUACCUCCACAGCCUCACAGUGGGCAGCCUGUGCCACACGGGUCACCUGGGGAGGACCAUGGCACGACGCAUGGGGCACAUCGCCCCUCUGCCCUCGUCCUAUAGACGCAACAAGCUACUGCUCGGCUGCCUGAGCAGUAGUGAAGGUCGGCAGCCAGGGAAGUCCCCCAGCUUCAGUGUGAACUGGAGUGCUGGAGACGGAGAGCUGGAGGUGGUGGAUGUCUCCACUGGCAGGAAAGACUCAGGGACACCAUCCAGACUCUGCAAGAGAUCCUUCUUCACUCGCUGGGAGAGACUACACCACCAGCUUAGCAGUCCAGGAGGAGUAUUGGAUGUAGAGGAGUCCCUAUUUCUUAUGUCAGAUAGCACAACGACUCUGUCUGCACGGUCGGUUGAGGGACGAGUGUCGCCUAGGAAUGACGACACCUGUCGGAAGACAAUGGAGGAGGCCAUGAAGACGUACUGUGGAGCUAAGAUGGCAGCAGGCGCCUACCAGAGAGCCAGGCAGAAGUUUGUCGUCUCGCUGCAGGAGGCAGGUCUGGGCAUCUGGAACAGGAAACCACCAGAACAGGAGCAUUUCCAGAGCAGGGUGUGAGGGGUUCUUCUAGAAGAAGCAGUCCAGGGAAUUUUCUUUAGCCAAAUUCCCUCACACACAGACACACACACCGCAGACUCAGACACACACACACAAGCUGUUCCAAUCAUGGUAACUAAGAGGUUGUAAAAUAGAAUGUCACCACGAUAGGAACAGCACAUAGUGCUUUCGGGAAAGUAUUCAGACCCUUUGACUUUUUCCACAUUUUAUUACGUUACAGCCUUAUUCUAAAAUGAUUUAAAUAAAUAAAAAUCCUCAGCAAUCUACAGACAAUAACCCAUAAUGACAAGGCAAAAACAGGUUUUAGAAAUUGUUGAAAAUUUAUGAAAAAUAGAAACAGAAAUACCUUAUUUACAUAAGUAUUCAGACCCUUUGCUAUGAGAUUCGAAAUUGAGCUCAGGUGCAUCCUGUUUCUACAACUUGAUUGGAGUCCACCUGUGGUAAAUUUAAUUGAUUGAACAUGAUUUCGAAAAGGCACACACAUGUCUAUAUAAGGUCCCACAGUUGACAGUGCAUGUCAGAGCAAAAACCAAGUCAUGAGGUCGAAGGAGUUGUCCGUAGACCCCCGAGACAGGAUUGUGUCGAGGUACAGAUCUGGGAAAGGGCACCAAAACAUUUCUGCAGCAUUGAAGGUCCCCAAGAACACAGUGGCCUCCAUCAUUCUUAAAUGAAAGAAGUUUGGAACCACCAAGACUCUUCCUGGAACUGGCCACCCGGCCAAACUGAGCAAUUGGGGGAGAAGGGCCUUGGUCAGGGAGGUGACCAAGAACCCAAUGGUCAACCUGACAGAGCUCUAGAGUUCCUCUGUGGAGAUGGGAGAACCUUCCAGAAGGACAACCAUCUCUGCAGCACUCCACCAAUCAAGCCUUUAUGGUAGAGUGGCUUGACGGAAGCCAAUCCUCAGUAAAAGGCACAUGACAGCCCGCUUGGAGUUUGCCAAAAGGCACCUAAAGACUCAAAAACAAGAUUCUCUGUUCUGAUGAAACCAAGAUUGAACUCUUUGGCCUGAAUACCAAGCGUCAUGUCUGGAGGAAACCUGGCACCAUCCCUAUGGUGAAGAUUGGUGGUGGCAGCAUCAUGCUGUGGGGGUGUUUUUCAGUGGCAGGGACAUGGAGACUAGUCAGGAUCGAGGCAAAGAUGAAUGGAGCAAAGUACAGAGAGAUCCUUGAUGAAAACCUGCUCCAGAGCCCCCAGGUCCUCAGACUGGGGCGAAGGUUCACCUUCCAACAGGACAACGACCCUAAGCACACAGCCAAGACAACGAAGGAGUGGUUUCGGGACAAGUCUCUGAAUUGAGUGGCCCAGCCAGAGCCCGGACUUGAACCCCAUCAAACAUCUCUGGAGAGACCUGAAAAUAGCUGUGCAGCGACGCUCCCCAUCCAACCUGACAGAGCUUGAGAGGAUCUGCAGAGAAGAAUGUGAGAAACUCCCCAAAUACAGGUGUGCCAAGUGUCAUGACUGUCCUGUGAGGAUCACAAUGGAUCAGAUCAGAUUGGCAAUGGCUGACAAUAACCAGACCUUCUCUCACCCGCAAAGGGGAGGAAGGCACUGGUGUGGGGGUUUUGACACCUCCACGACAUGGAGAGGGAGAUAGAGACAAAAAUACACAUUCUCACAUUAAUCAUAUAGUUUGCAUACGAAUCGCCGCUCGUUUGGAAUAAGAAAUCAUGAAUGUAUUUACGUAUGGGUGUCUUUGUCAUGUAGUCCUGAACAGAACUACAAAGUUCACUCUUCCAUUCACUUCUGAAGCUGCUUAUUUGAAGAUAAGCCAGCCGUGCCGAUGGUUCCAGUGGGGGUAUGAGAGUAGCGUAUGGUGAUUUGAGACUCAUAGUAGGAUGGGAUGGUUUGAAGAGUUCAGCUAAUCAUUUGUACCAAUGAUUGUCUGAGAGGGGAGAUUGUCGCUUCUUCCUCCUCGUGUUGAUUAUUCAGGAUUCAGACCACUUUGAGCUGCAGCUCUUCGUCUCUCUGGUCUAAAGGAAGGUGAGUUUAUUUUUUCACCUCGUGUUGAGGUUCAAAGUUCCAACCAUUUCAAACAUGUAGCUACCGCUCCACACUUUUGUGGUCUAAUGUUAAUUUCGUUACCGAGGCUUUUUGGGCACUCUGGCCAAAGGGGAUGUCUCCAUCAGUCUGACAUGCUCUCUGACCUCACUUGGGGCGUGGCUACUUACUUAUACACAGUUUAUAGGAGAAAGAUUAUCUUAUACCUCCUAAAAUGACAUGUAUAUCUUAACAAAAAUACUUUCAUAAUUUGUCAUAUUAUAUGCACAACGUAUUGGAUGGAAACUUGACAGGUAAAGGGGAUAUACUUUCCAAGUUACAGUAUUUCAUCCAUACAGUUUUUAAUGACAUCACAAAAUGAAAACCAAUAUUACCCCACGCCAUCACACCUCCUCCUCCAUGCUUCACUGUGGGAACCACACAUGCAGAGAUCAUCUGUUCACCUACUCUGCGUCUCACAACGACACGGCGGUUGGAACAAAAAAUCUCAAAUUUGGACUCAUCAGACCAAAAUGACAGAUUUCCACCGGUCUAAUGUACAUUGCUCGUGUUUCUUGGCCCAAGCAAGUCUCUUCUUAUUAUUGGUGUCCUUUAGUAGUGGUUUCUUUGUAGCAAUUUGACUAUGAAGGCCUGAUUCACGCAGUCUCCUCUGAACAGUUGUUGUUGAGAUGUGUCCGUUAUUUGAACUCUGUGAAGCAAUUUCUGAGGCUGGUAACUCUAAUGAACUUAUCCUCUGCAGCAGAGGUAACUCUGGGUCUUCCUUUCCUGUGGCGGUCCUCAUGACGGCCAGUUUCAUCACAGCGCUUGAAGAAACUUUCAAAGUUCUUAAAAUUUUCCGCAUUGACUGACCUCAUGUCUUUAAGUAAUGAUGGACUGUUGUUUCUCUUUGUUUAUUUGAGCUGUUCUUGCCAUAAUAUGGACUUCGUCUUUUACCAAAUAGGGCUAUCUUCUGUAUACCAACCCUACCUUGUCACAACACAACUGAUUGGCUCAAACGCAUUAAGGAAAGAAAUUCCACAAAUUAACUUAACAAAACACACCUGUUAAUUGAAAUGCAUUCCAGGUGACUACCUCGUGAAGCAGGUUGCAAAGCUGUCAUCAAGGCAAAUGUGGCUACUUUGAAGAAUCUCAAAUAUAAAAUAUAUUUGGAUUUGUUUAUUUUUAUUUAACUAGGCAAGUCAGUUAAGAACAAAUUCUUAUUUACACUGACGGCCUACCCCAGCCAAACCCGGACCACGCAGGGCCAAUUGCGUGCCGCCCUAUGGGACUCCCAAUCAAGGACGGAUGUGAAAUGCAGCCAGGAUUAACACUUUUUCAGUUACUACAUGAUUCUAUGUGUUAUUUCAUAGUUUUGAUGUCUUCACUAUUAUUUUACAAUGUAGCAAAUAGAAAAAAAAAUAAGAAAAACUGUGGAAUGAGUAGGUGUCCAAACUUUUAACUGGUACUGUAUGUAAAUGUAAUCCGUUUUUAUAUAUAUACACACAUUUGUGAAAACAUUUCUAAAAACCUGUUUUUGCUUUGUCAUUAUGGGGUAUUGUGUGUAGAUUGAUGAGAAAAAAAAGGCUGUAACAUAACAAAACGUGGAAAAAGUCAAGGAGUCUGAAUACUUUCCGAAGGCACUGUAAGUGCACAUAGACACUUUAUAUUAUUUAUCUCAUCUUGAUUGAAUAGUGCAUUGUUGCAAAAGAGCUUUGCGAGUAAGCAUUUCACUGUACUGUUUACACCUGUUGUAUCCUGUGUACAUGACAAAUAAACAUAGAAACUUGAAA